GCAUGUUUGAGCUGGUGGCGGGACGAGCAGAGAUGUAUACCCUAAAGCUCCUGAAAGAUGUAGGGGUGAUGGGCACUGGCCGUGAGUGAUGCCCUCCACCCGGAAAAAUGGCUUCUACUGAGAUCCAGAGACCCUCCUUCUUUGAAUUGUUUAAGGAACAGUGUGGGGAUUCGGAUUUAGGUACCAUAAGCCUGAACUGGUUUGAAGAGCUCACUGCAGAAGCCGCACCGUAUGAGCCUACGAGGUGUGACAGCGAUCCGUGCCCGGAGGAAUCCGCGAUCGGAAGCGUUGUCACAACUCCUGUACGGAAACCCUGCGCGCUCAGCCAGCUAGAUUCCACCCCGAUCAUAUUCAAAGGGCAGGUUUUAUCAUCACCGCUUUUUCUGUCACCAACAAAAGAUGUCUGCAAAAGCCGGUCAGUAACAGAUAACACAAAUCUAGCUGUAUCACUGAGAAGCCCUAACAUACAAACACGCCAUGUACCAAGUAAAGACUUCAGUCCGUCCAAUAGAUGCCUCCAAGAAAGUCCUAUUGUUAUAAAAGAAUUGUUUAAGACUCCUUUACGUGACAAAAAAAUAUUUAGUAGAACUCCACAGAAGGAUGGGAAACCUGACAUUUAUGAUAGUUUGUUCGGUACACCAAAGCUUAUGAGGAACCAAACACCAUGUAUUUCAGAAAGCCUUGGUGCCGAGCUGGAUCCGGAAAUGUCUUGGUCGAGUUCCUUAGCUACACCACCUUCGCCAACUGUAAUAAUUGCCAAAGCUAAUGAACAUGUUUCUCGGCAAAAUGUUUUUGAUAGUAAAAAUGCGGUGAUUGUACAGAGUCUUUUUUCAAAGUUAAAUAAGGGUGAAGAGAAGAAUGUAUUGGCACCACUGGAUCAGGAGGAAAUAGGUAAGAGGUUCGAAUCAAAAAAAACAUCAUGUCCGUUGACUAACAAAAAUGGUGGUGGUGAGGCAGCACCCAACGUAGGUAAAGUAUUGUGGAAGCAAACCGUGGCCAAUGCUGUGAAAGACCAAGAGGUUUGCCAGACAGUUGAAAAUGCACUGGAGGGAAUGGAAGAUGUCCUUUCAAUAUUUUUUACAAAUGAAAAAAACACCAAUCUGAGAAAAGUGAAUACUGCCAGAGUUCGGAGGAAAGUUUGUACUAAAACUCAAUUAGAUCGUCAAAAGAAUGAAUCACUAAUACGGUCUCGGGAAGAAAAUCCUUCAGCCUUCGUUCCAACUGAGAAUAAUUUUGAGUCUGACAAGUGUAAAGAAUUCAGUAAAUCAGAACAUUAUCUGUGCGAUAGAACAGGUGACAGAAAUGCAUCAUCUGUGUAUGAAUGGUCUCAACUCAACUUGUGUGAGCUUGAUACAACACUGCUGGAGAACCCAUCUGCGCAAACAGACUGUACCAAUACAAACACUUUUGAAAAUUAUCCUGAAGUUUGUUCUCAAACCCAAGAAAUGAAGGAAGUGGGGAUCUCCAGAAUUUUGCAAAGGACCAUUGACAACGGAAACGCGUCCAAAGUUUGCGGUUAUGAAACAGAAUAUAUCACUGUAACGUCUGAGAAAAAGGUACCAGUUAAUAAAACACCAUUCCUGAGUUCACCUGAUCAGGGAUCUGUCUUACAACAGGAGCGUGAAUCGGGGGGCAUCCCUACAGAGAGACAAAACAGUGCCACUGGAUCGCAAGUUUCCUCAAGUAAUCUGUGGCAUGUUUCCCAGUCAAAAUUGGAAAGAAAUACCAUUGGCGCUUCUCAGGGAGAGGUUCCAGAAAACAAAACCCUGCUUUCCGCUUUCAAAAGACAAACCAAGUUUGUGUAUUGUAUAAAUCCUGUACCUGGCAAUCCAGGUGCAAGUAAUAAAAAAGACAUCAGCUUGGAUUCAAUCAGUGACAGACUUUGUACCCCAGAACCAUCAGAUCGUCAAAACAAAAAGGAAUUUAAUUUACCUGUACAUGACCAGCAACGGAAUGGUGUGAAGGAAGAGAAUAGGGAGGAUUUGAGCUGUAAUUCCUUACGUUUUCAAGAAAUUGUGAGCCAUUCUGAGAUGGAAACAAACAGCCGAUAUCCAUCAGAUAUAAAAAGAAAGGCAUUAGCCACAGCCGAUCUUCUAUCUAGGAAACCUGUACUGCUUGAGACGCUCGAUGGGCAGCAGGAGGAAAAUCACGCUGUACAGCAAUGUUCAGUGCAACGUAAUGAUUUACUCCACAGGCAAACCGAACAAAACAAAAUUAACUUAACGCUAACUUGUAACGUGGCUGAAGACCCGGUCGCUGAACUAAAAACGGAAGCGUUUACUUGCCUAUCACCAUUGUCUGGAAAACUUGCUUGUAAUCAACAAGUAGAAGAUUUGCCAAAGGCCAGCGAGGCCCAUUCCUUCCAGGAGAGCAAGUCUGUUUGGAGACAAAACUCGAGAAGUAAAUGUGUCCCUUUUCACAACCACUCUGAGAAUCCUACCAGCAAGACCAAAGAUUCGUCUGCAAAUGCUAUAAAUGUACAAAGUCACAUAGAUCAACUGUGUGCUUCUAAGCAAAAAGAAGUAAGAAGAGAUGUAAGUAUGUCCAAUAACCAGCACUCAGAAAAUACAAUCUCUACGCAUUCUAGUUCAGUCUCUGACGAUCAAAGUUUAAUGCAGCCAACUACAACUGUCAAUAAAUUGAUCAGGACUGAUAUUUUUAGUGGUAAUACAGAAAGUCUAAAAAUGGAUUUUCAAGGCUUUAAAACGGCAUCAAAUAAAAAAAUACAGAUUUCAGAGAAAAGCCUCAAGAAAGGUGAGAUUUUGUUUAAAGAAAUUGAAGGUCUGUGUCCUGUGAUUGAUGUUGCGCAUGGAUCCGAUAAGGCUAAAGACUCUUUGGAGAUGACAACCGGUCUUGAUGUUCCUGCUUCAAUAGUGAAUUUAAAUGGAUUCAGAACGGCAUCUAAUAAAGAAAUAAAUGUCUCUGAAAAUACAUUUGCCAAAGGCAGACUCGUGUUUAAAGAGAUUGAAGAAAUGAGCAGCGAAAUGCCUGGGAGGACUAAGGAUUUCACAGAAAACGUGUUUGAUGUGUUCCCCAAGCCUGCAUCAAACAAUCACAAUGCUUCUACAAUUACAUGUAGCGUGGAGACUGGAAUCUCUGACCGCGCAGGCAAUAUCCCAUCCGAGGGAAUAAAAUUGCAUCAGAAUAAAGGGUAUGCGGCAGAAACAAACUUAAAUGAGUUUAGAAUAAACAAGCAGUCUUCUUUAAUAGGUGUUCUGGAGAACGAAAAUAGGAUCAAGUCUGAAAAGGCUGAUUGUGGUCAGUCUGUUCAGAUGUCCAAAACAUCUUCGUUUUGUGACCCUCAAAACUUUCCUCCAGGGGCAAGGAACAAAAAUUCGAAAGAUAUUUCCGCUAACGUUUUCUCACCGGCCAAGGAUGUUUUGACCGAAAGCCAGACGGCUGAAGUCAAUGAACUUUCUUCUAUACUAGAAAAUGCAGACAGCCAAUACGAGUUUACACAGUGUAGGAAAGUAAAUCCGCUUCCGAUAAUUCCUGAUCACGGGCAAAGUUUACCUGAAUCUACGAGUGAAUCUCAGAAUUUUAACUCUGAAAUCUGGAAUGAUGUGGAUUUUAAUGAUAGCUUUGCAGGCGGAGGAGGAAAUCUUGAAGAUGUUGAAGCGCAUAGUAACUGUGAAAUUAUCCAAAAUGACAAAAGUACUUGUGAAAGCAAAAACAUUUUGAAACCUUCACUAGCAGAUUUGAAUGUUACAAGUGAUGAAAGAACAUGCAAAGGAUUUAGUUUAGCUAGUGGCAAAUCGGUCAAUAUUACCAAUGAGGCCUUGUUGAAAUCUGUAGGUUUCUUUGGUGACUUAGAAGAUGGUGGGUUAUGUAAUGUCGCUGUAAAAGAUGGCUGUAAAGGAAGCGCAGGUGACGAUGACCAGUCUACUUCUAAAGACGUAAGUAAUGUGAACCGUGAUUGCAUGAUCCCUGACCUAACGAGCCAUGGCUCAGAACCUUCUCGGAUUUGCGAUGAUGCUUCUCUGUUGGCUACGCUCGUUACGGAAGAACCUGCUAACCGAUGUAAACCAAAGAUGGAGGAACAAGUAAAGUUGCCCUCGUUUUUAAGUGAACUUGAUAAAAAUAUGGGUGCCACAGCUAAAACUACAGAAUGGGAUAACAGUGCGUUACUUAACGGACGGCAAGCGAAUGACGAGGAAUUGAGUCAUCCGGAUAUCUCCGUUGUGGUUAACAGAGGUUUUCAAACAGCCAGUGGGAAAAAAAUCACUUUUUCUCAAUCAUCUCUAGAAAGAGUAAGGAGUAUAUUUGCUGAGGAUGACGUAGACACUUUCAGAAUUCAACAUAAUGAAAACAAUUUAACGAGUGCCCCGAAGUCUGCUGAUGCAGGUAGCUGUUCUGAUGAUAGACGGAUGGAACUGGAACGCAGAGAGGGAGGAAGAUCGGUUUCAAAUGAAAAUGAUAAAGGUUUUGUAGUGGGAUUUUGCACUGCAGGUGGCAAAAAAGUCACGGUUUCUAAAGAUUCUCUAGCCAAAGUUUCUAAGCUGUUUGAGGAGCAGGACCACCUUUAUGAGGGAAUGAACACCUCAAAGUUGGCUCAGAACAGACCAUGCACUGUUGUGAAUAGCGGACCAUGUACGAAGGACACUGGCAGGUUCACGGAAGGAGCGAACGCUGCUGAAGUUCCAGGUCUUGCUGAAAUACCAGCAACAAGCUUUGUAGACAUUCAUUGUAAAAGCGAGUAUGUCCUGUCUUCAAAACAAAACACAGAUGACUUUCUAAAACAUGACCCUUUAUCUUCCAGUGAGAACAGCAAACUAUCGUCCCCGUCACCAACAUUUCAUGGCGGAUUUACCACAGGAAAGGGCAAAAUUAUUAAUAUUAAUAAGGCAGCAUUACUUAAAGCCAAGAAUGUGUUUAAUGACAUAGCGGACCUAGAGGUUGAUGCGGGUGACCCUUCACAUCUACUGAAUGUUUCUUACGGAAAAGAUAUUAAGGAUAGUGUUUGUAGUUUUACUAACAACCAAAGUGUAGAAACCAAAAUGCGGGAUAAUGGCCUAUGCCAUAAAGCAAACGAUCAGCAAAAUUCCCAGAGGAAGAGUGAAUCUGUGAGCGCACAGACUAGUUACAUGUCCCCGCUCUCCACAUUCACUACAGCAAGUGGAAAGAUGGUCACAUUCUCUCAUGAUUCUCUCCAGAAGGCAAAGCGGAUGUUUUUGGAAACAAAUGAUAGUGGAUUUGUGCCGGAUACUGAAUGUAAACCACCCAAGGUGACGAGCUGUGAUCAUAUAGGUGUUUCAAAAAGCCCAAGCCAGGGUGAUGCACUGCUGUCCCGAGUAUCUGCAAACCGGUCAAAGGUAGAUAAAAGCAAUCAGGAUCCAGGAAUUUCAACCGAUUACCCGUGUGUAGAAGAAACCGCAGAACUCCAUGUUCACUCUAAUAAUGGUCAACCGAAAGAGGUCAAAGAUGAAUGUUUCUACCAGCAAGGUGUCUCGAUACCCAAGAUGCCAUGUUUUAGUACAGCGAAUGGUAGAUCCAUAGAGCUGUCAGAGGAGGCUUUGAGGAAAGCCAAGGGAAUCUUUUCCGAAGCUAGUAAAGAACAGUCACUACAUCAAAGAGAAGGUCAUAGUCCCUCUUGUAACAAAGGUAUUGAGGCGUCCACAAGGGAAUGCUCACAAAAAUCAAUCCAAGGCGACCUGGGAACAGCAAAGGAAGCAUCAAAAGGCACACAUCGUGGCAACAUCAACACUGUUCAAAAUUCUUUUGGGUUUAGCACCGCAAGUGGAAAGAUCGUGUCUGUUUCUGACGCCGCUCUCCGCAAAGUGAAGGAUAUGUUACAGGAAUUUGAUGAUAUUGGAAACCUUAUGGAUGCGGACACGCUUUUGGGAAAGCCUUUCCCAAGUGAAGGAUCUACAUCAGCUAUGAACAAGCCUGAGGAAAUCGUCCUGUUAGAUAAUAAUCUCAACUGGCAAAAUAAUAAACCCAACCUUUCACUGUGUGACAACGCCAACACACGGCCUCUUUCUAAAGUCCAUGAAAGCCCAUACCCGACUUCCAUCCCUGGUCAGCAUUCCACACCCUCUGACGGUAAUACGAACGAAGCCCAUGUUACUGGAAUACCAAAGAGGUCAAGACCCGAUAGAUGUUUUGCUGCAUCCCACACACCAGAGAAUGAUUUUGAGUUGGAGGCCGCUGAAAGUGCAAAAGCUUUCAUGGAUGAUGAAGACUUAAUGGCUCCAGAGCUCAGAUCCGACGAUGUGUUUCCAAAUUCCAACAAGACGGCUAUUGUGAGAGUUGGGAAAAGACUAAGAACAGAUGAUGGUGGUACACGCGGAGAGCCUCCAAUCAAAAGGCAGCUUUUACCAGAGUUUGACAGAGCAACUGCGAAGCAACCCAAUCCUAACCUAAAGCCGUUGACAAGCUCUCCAGACGGUACAGUAAAGGAUCGGAGAAAGCCUUUAUACAGCACAUUAAAGCCCUUAACCUGCAACCCUUCAAGUUAUUUAAAAGGAGCACAACAUAAGGUAUCUCCUAAAUUUACAGAACCAAGGCAGUUUUGUUCUAAAUCAAAUAUUUUCCAACAUGCUCCCGUUGUCAAAUCGAUGAAUAGCUCAUCUGAUGGAACAAGUCAAACAAGCAACUCCACCACUGACAGUAUGCCAGCUUUCACAAGAUCCUCAAAAACAUUUGUACCUCCGUUUAAGAAGCCGUGUCCCCAGCGACCCCACUCCGAUGGUCUGAGUAAUACGAGAACAGACUGCGCAACUCAAGAACGCAACGUCAAACCAGAUCCACCUGUUUCUGAAGAACCGAGCUGUGAUGCAGAUUUGUUGAAUUUGGUAUCCACUCUUCGCUGUGCUAGAGACAUGCAGGAAAUGCGACUUCGCAAAAAACAAAGACAAAAGAUCAAACCACAACCAGGCUCCAUGUAUCUUCUUAAAACAUCUUCAGCCGCCAGGAUUCCACUUCUAUCUGCAGUUUAUAACAAGCGGCCAACCAAAUAUUCAAAGGAACAGUUAUACAUGUUUGGCGUCGUUUAUACAAAUCUUGGAAUCGACAGCGAGAAUGCAGCCUCGUUUAGGUUUCACUGCCCGGUUUAUUUCACAAAAGGCCGCCUUCUGUGUGAAAAUGGAGUGCAGAUAGCGGACGGAGGGUGGCUUAUACCCGCUGACAACUUACAGGCUGGAAAAGAGGAGAUCUACAGAGCGCUGUGUGAUACCCCCGGUGUGGAUCCUAAACUCAUUUCUCCCGAAUGGGUCUAUAAUCACUAUCGUUGGAUUGUCUGGAAACUCGCUGCUUUAGAAGUAAAGUUUCCAGAGUACUUUGCUAGCAGAUGCCUUACACCGGAAAGAGUGCUUUUACAGCUGAAGUACAGAUAUGAUGUCGAAAUUGAUAAAAGUCAACGAUCAGCCAUCAGAAAAAUAAUGGAGAAAGAUGACUCCCCAGCCAAAACACUUGUGCUUUGCGUAUCUCGAAUAAUUUCCAUGGGAACUAGCUUACCCAAUCAGUCCGGCAGUAAAACUGAAGCUGGAGAUUCCAAGCGAGUGUCUGCGAUGAUUGAGGUGACGGAUGGCUGGUACGGUAUUAAGGCUCUUCUAGACCCUGCCCUCACGGCGCUGUUACAGAAAGGGCGGCUUUUUACCGGACAGAAGAUCAUUACUCACGGUGCGGAACUUGUUGGUUCGGAUGAGGCUUGCACGCCUCUGGAAGCUCCCGACUCCAUUAUGUUGAAGCUUGCUGCCAACAGCACCCGUCCUGCCGUCUGGCACACGAGACUUGGUUACUUUCGAGAUCCAAGACCUUUUUGUUUACGUCUGUCCUCGCUGUUCAGUGAAGGUGGCAUCGCAGGUUGCGUUGAUGUAGUCAUUCAAAGAAUAUAUCCUAUCCAGUAUAUGGAAAAAAUGCCAAGUGGUUUGUAUGUGUUCCGCAACGAGCGAGCAGAGGAGAGGCAAGCAGAAAGGCACUCUGCAAAUCAACAGAAAAACCUGGAAGCGCUGUUUGCAAAGAUUCAAACGGAGUUUGAACGGCAGGAAGUGUCCAAAUCUAAAGGAAAAGGACGCAGACAAUCUCUAAGCAGACAGCAAAUGUGUGCUCUCCAAGACGGAGCUGAGAUUUACGAAGCGAUACAGAGUGAGGCUGAUCCCGGCUACCUCGAGAACUGCCUGAGUAACGAGCAGCGGAGAGCCCUGAAUCAUCACAGGCAGGCUUUAAAUGACAAGAAACAAGCGCAGAUUCAGGCUGAAUUCAGGAAAGCCAUUGAGUCCAGUGAAGAGCGCGGCUGCGCAGGAAGAGAUGUGACCGCGGUGCUGAAAAUACGUGUUGCGGAUUACAAGGAACAAGACUGUGACACAGCAUACACACUGAACAUAUGGCGCCCUUUAGCUGAUGUACUUUCCCUUCUAAAAGAAGGGAGUCGAUUCAGAAUGUAUAAUAUGGCCACAUCUCUGUCGAAGAGCAAGUGUGAAGCCUCUGAUGUGCAGUUAACAGCUACAAAGAAAACCCGUUUUCAGCAGCUGCCGUGUUCGCAGGGCAGCUUGGCAAAGGUUUUCACUCCAAGGGAAGCAACUGCGUUCGGCACAUUCUUGGAGCCAUGUUUUAAAGCACCAUAUGGAGAGGUCGAUGUGGUGGGAUUAGUAAUAUUUACAUGCAAGAAGACAGGUGCUGCUCCCAUCGUGUAUUUAUCUGACGAAAGCCAUAAUCUACUGGCAGUGAAGUUUUGGACGGCUCUGGACCAGCUCGCUCUUGAAGAGCUUACUAAGCCAUGUACCCUAAUUGCUGCAGCGAAUCUCCGCUGGAGAUCUGAAUGCAUAUCUAGGGUACCCACCGUAUAUGCCGGGGACUUGUCUGUCAUUUCUUCAAAUCCCAAAGAACUGCAUUUGCAAAAGGCAAUUCAGAAACUUAAACAUUCUAUACAGCACAUUGGAGAUCUGUGCGAUGAGGCUGUAAGAAAGCUGAUGGCUCUUCAGCAGUUGGAGAGUCUCCCGGAGAAAAAGCCUCCAGCAGACCGCAUUCUGGAGCCGCACACCCCUGGCGGGAAGCAAGGCGCUGCGCCUCGUCUGACGCCUGCGCCUAUUGCCACAAUAACAGAAGGUUCUAUAUGUACACCAAAGGUGAAGACAUCCGAUUCUGGACAUGCUGAUGAACUCGAUCUGAAGACUUGCAAGAAGAUGAAAGGUUUAGAUUUCCUCAGUCGGAUUCCCUCCCCUCCCCCUCUGACUCCAGUCCGGCCUUUUGUUUCCCCCUCUUUACAGAAGGCAUUUCGGCCCCCGCGGAGCUGCAGCGCUGAGAAACGCAAGACAGAAAUAAACGCUCCCAGAACGCCAAGGAGUAGUAAAAGCAUUACGAGCGCAGAAGGUGGGUUUGUGGCCGACGAAGAGCUUGCCAUGAUAAAUACACAAGCAUUUGUUUUGCCUCUUGAAAAACGAAACACUCAGCGGGAGACUAACAGCGUGAAUUUAAAUGAUUCCCCGAAGCCUAAAUUAGAAGAAGAGGUUGCUGACGCGUUACUUAACCACAGUCCUACGCCUGAUGAUCUUGGUAAAAUAAAUGACAGCAGCGCAUUACCCCAAAAGAAACUACUGCAAAGGAAAAGAAAGCGAAAAUAGACACUUACAGUUUAAAGAAGUUUAAAGACAUUUAAAGCAGUGGAAAAUGUAUAUGUUGUCAAUAAAAGAAA